AUGGUACGAGCUGCAGUUUUGAAGAUGAAGGAUCCUAAACAGAUUAUCCGGGACAUGGAGAAAUGGGAUGGAACAGAACUGAACCUGGCACGACAACCACGCUUCCCUGAGACGGUGCUGAGAGAUAAGCGUGAAAAACUGCCAGAAACCUUUGACCAUGUUCUUCGGUUCCAUGAAAAAGAGAAUCCAGAUGUCCAGGACAUCCCCCUGCCCCAUGCCCAGCCGCCCUCCAUCCUCAUGAGGACGUCAGCCUACAGAUGCCCGUCUCUGUGCUUCCUCCUCUCAGACACCGUGUCCCACGCCUGUUUCCGGGAGAAAGCCUCCCAGACCCCCUCCCGGGCCACCGUCUCCUCAUGCCUCACAGAUGUUUGGUCGACAGAACAUCUGCAGGGGAACCAGAGUGGCUCGGUCACAUUGGACGCGUUCACCAUCGACAGGGACAGUAAACAGGAGGAAUCCGAGGCUGCUCCACGGUCAGCAUCCAAAGAAAUGAGUCUGGAGGAACCAAAGAAAAUGACCAGAAAGGACCUGAGAAAGAAAAAGGAGCUGGAAGAACAACGGAAGCUGGGAAACGCUCCUGCCGAAGUUGAUGAAGAAGGAAAAGACAUCAACCCUCAUAUUCCUCAGUACAUAUCUUCAGUGCCGUGGUACAUCGAUCCAUCCAAAAGACCUACUUUAAAGCACCAGAGACCACAGCCAGAGAAACGGAAGCCGUAUAGCUCAUCCGGAGAAUGGUACAAGAGUGGCGUAAAAGAGAAUUCCAUGAUGACCAAAUACCGCAAAGGAGCGUGUGAAAACUGUGGGGCCAUGACACACCAGAAGAAAGACUGCUGUGAGAGACCAAGGCGAGUCGGAGCAAAAUUUACAGGGACUAAUCUAGCUCCGGAUGAACAUAUUCAGCCUCAGUUGAUGUUCGAUUAUGAUGGAAAGCGGGAUCGCUGGAAUGGCUACGAUCCAGAGGAACACAGGAAAACUGUAGAAGAAUAUGCCAAAGUGGAUCUAGCAAAGCGAAAACUCAAAGUCCAAAAACUCCAAGAAGAAUUAGGCUCGGGAAAAUUAGUGCAACAGGCUGAUUCUCCAAGACACCGGUGGGGAGAAGAGGAACCAGACUUUCAGGCAGGAAAGGACCAUAGCAGUGAAGAGGAGGAUGAAGAUAAAUAUGCAGAUGACAUUGACAUGCCUGGACAGAACUUGGACUCCAAGAGGCGGAUCACUGUCCGGAAUCUCAGGAUUCGAGAAGAUAUUGCAAAAUAUUUGCGGAACUUAGAUCCAAAUUCUGCCUACUAUGAUCCCAAAACCAGAGCAAUGAGAGAGAAUCCCUAUUCCAAUGCAGGAAAGAAUUUGGACGAAGUGAGCUAUGCGGGCGAUAACUUCCUUAGAUACACGGGUGACUCCGUUACCAUGGCUCAGACACAAUUGUUCGCUUGGGAGGCCUCUGACCAAGCAUCAGAAGUGCAUCUGCAAGCGGAUCCUACGAAACUCGAACUGUUGUAUAAGUCCUUCAAAGCCAAAAAAGAAGACUUCAAAGAGCAGAAGAAAGUAAGCAUCUUAGAGAAGUAUGGUGGCCAGGAACACCUGGAUGCCCCUCCAGCAGAACUGCUCUUAGGUCAAACCGAAGACUACGUAGAAUACUCCAGACAUGGGACUGUCAUCCAUGGGCAGAAACGGGUUGUCACCUGCUCCAGGUAUGAGGAGGAUGUGAAGAUCCACAACCACACUCAUACUUGGGGAUCUUACUGGAAAGAUGGCAGAUGGGGAUACAAGUGUUGCCACUCCUUUCUCAAGUAUUCCUACUGCACUGGAGAGGCCGGGAAGGAGGUUGCUCAUUCAGAGGAAUAUAUUCCAAAUGAUGCAACUGCAGAAUUGGUGAAAAAGCCUCCAACCCUUAUGGAGAUACAUCUGGAGACACUCAAAGAAGAGAAAAAGAAGAGGAAGACACAUCGAAAGAGUAGUUCAGACAGUGGUGAUGAAGAAAAGAAACACAAAACACUGAAGAAGGCUCUGAAUGCCACGGAGGCCCGCCUUCUUCAUGUCAAAGAGAUCACGCAGAUCCAUGAGAGGAAGCGGCCGUACAAUUGUAUCUAUGAAACCAAGGCGCCCACAGAGGAAGAAAUGGAGGGCUAUAGAAUGAAACGCCAGAGGCCAGACGACCCUAUGGCCUCCUUCUUUGGACAGUAG